AUGACAGGACUUUGCAAAAUGAAGGAUCUUGUAGAUCUGGGUCUUAGCAACAACGAGUUUAGCGGUCCAAUUCCAAGGUGUCUCAGCAUAUUAAGGAACCUCCAAGUCCUUGAUCUCUCUCAAAAUUUGUUCAGUGGCAAUUUUCCAUCAUUCACUAGCAAUUUCACAUCUCUUGUGUACUUGUCUCUCCUUGACAAUUACCUACAAGGACCAUUUUUAUUGAGCACUUUGGCUAACCAUUCCAACUUUAAGGUUCUAUAUAUUAAUUCUCUAAGCCCAAGUGCACAAGUUGAAACCGAAAACACACAAUGGGUUCCAACAUUUCAAUUAAAAUCCCUCAUCCUUCAAAACUGCAACUUGAACAGGGAUAAAGGAAGCAUCAUUCCCAGUUUUCUUCUACAUCAGAAAGACUUGCAAUAUAUGGAUCUCUCCCACAACAAAUUAGUUGGAGCAUUCCCAAGUUGGUUGAUACAAAAAAACCUGAGUUUCCUAGAUAUAUCAAACAACAAAAUCAAUGGUUUGCUACCAAAAGAUAUUGGUACUAUUCUUCCCGGGAUAUGGAUUUUGAAUCUGUCCAUGAACAACUUUGAAGGAAAUAUACCUGCAUCAAUUGGUAAAUUGCAACAACUUACAAUGUUGGAUUUGUCUGACAAUUUCUUCUCAGGUGGGUUACCUGAACAACUAGCCACAAAUUGGACUAACUUGCAAAGCUUGAAGCUUUCAAAUAACUUUCUCCAAGGGAACAUUCCUAAAUUUUCUAAUUUGUAUGAGUUGUUCCUCAACAAUAACAACCUCAAUGGCACUCUCAAAGAAGUAUUGGAAAAUUUAAACAGUGAAGGAUUGGCCAUACUAGACAUAUCCAACAAUUCAAUCACAGGUGAAAUUCCCACUUCAAUUGAGAAGUUUUCAUCACUCAUUAUCCUUCUUAUGGCAGAAAAUCAAUUAGAAGGUGAGAUCCCAUUUGAGUUUUCCAACCUGACAGGCCUUUAUAUGUUAGAUCUUUCACAAAAUAGAUUAUUAGGGUCAAUCUCAGGUAUGAAUCUUUCAACCAUGAGAUACUUGUAUUUGCAAAAGAAUACUUUCUCAGGUUCUAUACCUUUCACAUUGUCUGAAGGAUCAGAGCUAAUAACUUUGGACUUGAGAGAUAAUAACUUUUCUGGGAGUAUUCCUUAUUGGAUGGAUAAGCUGUCAAAUCUAAGAGUGCUUUUAUUAGGAGGGAACAAUUUUCAUGGCCAUAUCCCAAUCCAAUCAUGUCAAUUAAAAGAUAUCACCAUUAUGGAUCUCUCACGCAACAAGAUCAAUGGCUCAAUACCAUCUUGCUUCAAUAAUUUGUCUUUUGGAAUGGUAGAAAACUAUAAUUAUGGCCCUAUAUUUCAAAUCAAAUGGUCAAUGUUUACACCUGUAGAGCCAGACUUGUUAUAUUCCAGAACCUUCCUUGAUGUAAAUGUGUCACUGUAUAUGCCUACUACUGAGAUGCCAUCAUAUGAUGAUGUAAUAGCAUCAACUGUGGAAUUUAGAACAAAGAGAAACUACUACUCUUAUGGAGGCAAAAUCCUAGAGAACAUGACUGGAUUGGAUUUAUCAUGCAAUAUGCUAACUGGGAUCAUCCCUUCUCAAAUUGGAAACUUGCAACAAAUUCAUGCCUUGAAUCUAUCCCAUAAUUAUUUGUCAGGUUCUAUUCCAAACACUUUUUCCAAUCUUACCCAAAUAGAGAGCCUUGACUUGUCAUACAACAACUUGAGUGGUGAGAUACCUUCUCAAUUAACACAGUUGUACUUUUUAUCAAUCUUCAAUGUGUCAUACAAUAAUCUAUCUGGAACACCACCAAGUACAGGACAGUUUGAAGACUUUGAUGAGGACAACUACAGAGGUAAUCUUGGUCUCUGUGGACCACUACUAAAGCAGAAGUGUGAAGGCGUUGCAACUCCACCAUCAUCAGAAUCCAACAACACGGGAGGAAAGGAAAUAACAAUAGACAUGGAAGCAUUCUAUUGGAGUUUUUGUGCAUCCUAUAUAACAAUACUCUUGGGGUUCAUAACGGUGCUCUGCAUAAAUGCUCAUUGGCGCAUGGCCUUGUUUUAUUAUAUGGGUAAGUUUAUACGUACAUGUUUUCCAUCGUUUCCUCUGUAUUGA